AGCCGGUCGAUUGUAUUUACGCACAUUGACAAUUUGAUUUGACAUUUAUUAUUUAAUUGAGGUAAAGUAAAUGCAGUGGUAAAUAUUAAAGAUAGUGUUACAAAAACAUAAUGAGUGAUUUAUUGGACGACGAUCUGGAACUCCGUAUUGGUACGCUGCAGCUCUCUACGGACAAUGUCCCUGCGAACUCCGAAAGCCGACAAGACCAAACUUCUGGUAAUGCCAGAAAUACGCAUGUAAAUGUCCCUUCUUCAGUGCUUUCGGGAGCUGAUUCCUUGACUUCAUCUUCGUCUUCUUUUGCUGAUGCUAGAGCAGAUGGCGCAGUGUCAAAUGCUCAGCAACCUGGUACAGGUGAAGAGCCGGUCCAGACUGUGUACCCAAGGUACGAUGUGCCAUUCAACCGGGAGAACAUCAAGGACUUCUUCACAUUCCGCAGAGGUGUGGUGGAGAAUGCCAUACAGGAGUGCAUUACAGCGCUACUGUUCCCUGAGGAUGGGGAGUAUUUGGGCUCCUGGUUGUUGACAGAAAUCACAUUGUGGGAUAAUGAGAAGGAAAGGAUUGUUCUGCUGACGUCUCGACUAGUCAUGACUAUAAAAUAUGAUUUUAUAGCAAUGAAGCAAUUGGACUUCAAAAAGACAUAUCUAGAUGACCUGGACACCAUAGUUAUAGGAGAGCUAGUCUACCCACCAUCAUCAUUAGUCCCACGCCUAAACGGCAUCGCGACAGGCGUGACGACGGUCGUGAAGGACUGCGUCAUAGACCGGCUGUGCAGGCGGCCGAGCGAGGCCGACGAAGCGAAAUUGUUCGAUCCCAAGUAUUUUGAACCUAGGGAACGUAACCUGCGCGGUGUCCGCCUCAUGUGGAACAAGGGCGAGGCGCUGCCGCUCAAGACGGUCUGGAAUCCGUUCAGUCAAGACGUGCCGUUCAUCACCUUCGCAUCGCAUCCCAUUUAUUGGCAUAAAGACGGCGGAGUAGACGAAAGAUCUACCUACGAUAUGGAGUUAUUCGCUGAGAAGCUGCAAAGGGCGGUGGAGACUGCGCCCUCCGCUUGCUGCAUCCACCAUUCGCCCAUCGUCAUACAGAGUUACGUCGGCCUCACAUCGCUAUUACACAACAAGACUAGCAUGGGAUUCUUCAAGGUCAGAGGAAAGUUUAGCUUUUAGUCUGUACAAAUGAAAUUAUGUCUCGGAAUCCCACUUCUGAUGUGGAUUGAUUAUUCUUUAUCUAUAUUGUCUAUAUUGUAAUUGAAUUUCUAGUAUAGGUAAAUUAUUUUAACCUGGCGCUUACACACAUAAAUGAAAUGAAUUAUUGUGUCGGAAUCCCACUUCUGAUGUGGAAGAUUGAUUUAUUCAUAUACUGUAAUUGAAUUUUUAGUAUAGGUAUAUUAUUUUAUCCUGGUGCCUACACAUAUUCACUCAAUACGUUUGUUUAUUGUCUAUGAUUAAGCGAUAGACUACUGGCACUGAAAAUGUUUUUUUUUUAAUGUUAUUUAACGGCUUUUCAUGGUAAGUCUUUCUAAGAGAUAGACUUAAAACAAUAUCUGCCUGACUUGCUCAUAACCUUGUCUAAGUGCGACACUUAGACAAGGUUAUGAGCAAGUAUAAGCAAAUAAAAUUAUAAGAAUUAAGAAACGUAGACGUCCUAUUAUGUCAGCCAUUGACGGUUUAUUAUUCUCACGUUUCUGCAGCGCAAACGGCAGCGAAGACGUUGCAUAAGUCGAGCCGUCAUGCACGCAGUGACCAAUACACGAUCAGUUAUAGUCGUGGGUGCUGCAGAAACGUGAGAAUGAUUGAUCGUCAAUGGCGUGCAUUAAAUACAUGCAGUGUGACCUCUUUUGCGUUUAUUCAUAGUCAACAGAAGCACGAUGUGUGAAUAUUUGAAGGCAAUGGUUUAAAUAGUAUGCAUAAUAAAACAAACUGAUUUGAUUCCUCUUGCUCUGUCAGCUAUAAUUGGAUGGUCUAUAUUCUAUAUAAAUGGGCUAUUUGUUCAGCACUAUCAUGGAAAUCUCAAAAUUUCUGGUCUGGAAGAACUUGCUAUAACAAUAAUAACGGCUUUGCACAUUUCUGUGUAUGUAGUAGGUAUAUUAUUUUAAGAAUAAAUAAAUAAAUUUUAAUAACAAAGCAUGGCAUCUCACUCCAAACUGCGGAGAUCACUGUCGAUAUAGAAUGUCGAGUGCGGAAAAUUUCGCAAUAAUUGCGUAAUUACGCAAAAAGCCUAUAUUAAUUUUUUAUACGUCUCCAGAUCUUAUCGAAUGUAAGAAGUGAUGUAUUUUUAAAUUACAAUUCAGUCUCUUACAUGUCACGUUAUUAUUGAAUCAUGGAGGCGUGAUCACGCGCACUCGUCAUUUCUGUCAUCGAUCGUAUAUCGUUAGAUGGGCCUCAAAGCGUCGCGGAAUUGUCAUUGGUUUCGCACAUUGUGUAUGUCAUAACUCGUAACACAUUUAUCUUUAUUCAUGUUGUGGCUUGUGUUUUUACACUUCCAAAAUGAACACGAAGGCAUAAUUAAGGGAUUAUCUUAAUAGAUAAAAAAAAACAGUAAAUGUUUUUUUAAGUCCACGUCCAUUCACAGCAUGCGCUUAUUACGUACUAAGAUAAGAUGUGAGUGCACGUCUUAGGGUAAUGACAUCAAAUUGUGCGUUCUUUAGUAUGGAGGGGCCCAUCUAACGAUUUAUAGUGAUGGUUUCUGUUACCUUCUUAUUAAGAUUUCUGUGAGUACUAUUUAUGCCAUUUUGGAACGCUCUAGUCAGAGGUGAACAUCCAUCGAUGUGUUUUUUUUAUGUACAUUUUCUGCGAUACCGGAAAGCACAGCAGAUAUGCAUUGUUAAAUUAGUUAGAUCGAUACAGAAGGAGGAGUGUGGCAUAGAAAGCUGUUUACCAACAAACUGUUGCCUAGCAAACAGAAGACAGAUGAUAAUUUAUAAACAUGUUUCUGUUUUGCUAACGCUCUUUUAGUUGCAUACUGAAACGCAUCUGUCUAUGUAACUUACCAUUACAACUAAAGCCAAAUCGUCUUCGGAAAAUAGAACAUCUAUAGUUCGAAAUAUGUUUGUAAAUUGUGUUGUGUGCUUGCCGCGUACUACCAACAUAAAUUGGCUGUGAAAAUAAAAACAAUGGUUUCUUGUUAACAACUUACUAUAACACUACUAGUACCAAUUGAAUAGUAGUAGGUGUUACUUUUCGGAAGUAUACCUAUUUGUAUUAUUAAUAAAGCUAUUCUCUGCAAAAAAAGUAUGAAUCCUAACCAAUUCCGAUAGUUAUUAAAUUGUUUUGUACUAGGAUUUGGAAUGAGAUACUUAGUAGAUUUCGUAAACAACCUCGUAGAUGUUUACAUUGCCGAGAAAAAGUGGACCCUAUGUCCCUAAUAAUACCAUCUUUUUAAACUUAUUUCGUAUUGUCUUUCCUAACAAUAUCAUCUUUUUAAACUUAUUUCGUGGUUGUUCAUUAUGAAUGUUAUUUAAACGGGUACAUACCACGAUAAAUAUAAUAUCGAUAAUACCGACAGUAAAAAUCUCGUCGUGUUAUCGUGGUAUGUACCCGUUUAAAUAACAUUCAUAAUAUCAUCUUUGUUAGUUAGUUGGAGUGAAAAAUAAAGUAUUUUGAAUGUACAAAAAAAAUUGCUUGAAUUUUUCAUUAAAAUAUUUUAACGUUCAUAGUUUCGUGAUAGUUAGAUAUAAUAAUAAAUGUAGGAUAGGUAACUAAACUGUUGUAAUGGGGUACUGCCCCAUUAGGGAUACAUUUAAGGUUAUUUUUGCAUUUACCUCAAAUUUUGCAUGUGGUCAUAAUUAUACCUAUAUAGUUGAAUGACUUGGGGGCCUAAAAUAAAUUAGUUAAGAGUAACUUGUGCAAUGAACAAUAUAAUACAUGGUGUGCCUGUAAUGACUAGACCUUCGUAGUUUUUGUAAAAGUAAAUCUUGUCAGUUUAUUCACUUACCAUAUACAGGAAGAAAAUUUUUUUAGUGCGGAUAUUUUUAUAUUUUGUACAUAAACAAAAUUUAAUGAUCACGUAUUUUUUCUUUUUUUUUUAACUCAAAAAUAACAAAAUUAUCGUUAGCUAAAGUUAUUUACUUUUGAACAGAAUUUUAGGGUCACCCUAUUGUGCGUUUAUUUUAUUUUCGUUUGAUACCUAAAGAACGUCACCAGAUCACUUUUAAGCUGAAUAUAUCUUGUUUAGUAAUAAUAUGUACAUUAUUUUGUUAUUUUAGAGACAUAAAUUAAAAAAAAAAUUACAUAAAAUGUAUCGAACUGUUUGUAGAUUUAUAUUCUAUUAAUGAUACAGAACCACGAAAAAAAAUAUCCACACUAAAGACCGAAUCACCCUGUAUAAGUACCUACGGUAGGUACAACUAUGUUUUUUGGACCUUUGGGAGGUAGCAUGUUUCAAGGGUCCUGUACAAGUUUACAGCGUAAUCUUAAUUUAUAUAUGUCGGAGAAACGGGUUUGACAUCAGAAGCGGUUGUAAAGAGUAAAACAUAAUUAUUGAAUGAAAAUCUGUCAGGUCUAGCAAUUCCAACUAAGAUUCUUACCAAUACCCUGAGUAUCAGAGAAUGGCACUGAGUGGAGUCACGCACUUGUGAACGUUGUGUGUAGGGUUAAAGACGUCUUUGAUGGUUAACUGUCCUUUUUAACCCUUUUCCACUCAAGUCACUAACGCCUAACCCUUAACAACCCAUAAAGGAUUAUUAUUUAUUAUCCAACAAAAGGUGUGGACGGAUCGAAUGCCACGACAAGAAUGAGCUAAACUAGCUAGACACUCGGUCCACCACUACUCUCCCCCUACGGCUCAUGACGACACAAGCCGACCGAUUAAAUAACUCGCGCCGACAUAUAUAUUUUAAUAUUUUUUGCCGUUUUUAAAAAUAUUGGUACAGAACCUUUCAUGCGCGGGUCCGACUCGCACUCGGCCGGUUAUUAUAAAAUAACAAAGGUCCUGCCAAUACAGGCUCUUAAAUUAAUUAAGUUAGAGGUUUUGUUUACCCUAUGGUAAGUAUCUAUAAUAAAAAAAAUCAUUUUGAAUUAAUUCAUAUAUAUUUUGAAUGAAUUCAUUUUGACAUUUUGAAUUAAUUCAUUUUGACAUUUUGAAUUAGUUUCUAGGUUUUCUGUUGGUUGUUCUAAUUUAUUAAAUAAGAUUUAGGUGCGUUCGUGUUAUUCGUCUUUGCUUUAGUGGAAUCGCGCCCUUACAAUGGUGUUCUUUGAUUUGUGAUAACUGUAAGAUAUAGGGAAUUGUAUUAUAUUUGUCUUUAUGUAGUAUAAGAGCUAAAAAUUAAUUCACGUUUUCAACAACCUCAAAACUUACAGUUUUACAAACCAUUGUGUGUUUUGAGGCUAGCUCCUAUACCAUGACAAUAUAAAUCUUAAUUAUGUACAAAAUUAAAUUGUUAGUGUAAUUUAUUUGUUCAAUAUUUUAACUGUUGUCUAAAUUCGCAUAUAAUAUAUCUGUUGUUGUAUUUAUUAAUAAUAAAUAUUUGAAUAUUGCAAAAUGUAAAUAA